AGGGUGGUACAGUGCGCGAAAGAUGCUAGUGCAGCGUUGUUUAUUUUCAUCUUAGGAGCGGUGCGGAGCAGCGUAUACCUCUCAUUUACCUUGAACCCCACUAGUCAACCACUAGGUAGAAGGUAGAUGGUGAUGGCUCGUACGUAGCCCGUGUACAAGCGGCAUGGCAGACUGAAAGUUGAACCGCCUCGCGUCCGCAACGGUCAACAACAACCGCACUACGUCCGAAGUGAUGUGAUCUAACGUAUAUUUUUCUCUUGUGCAUUUCACGCGUUUUUCUUUCAGCCGCUAAACAAAGUGUUUAUUGUUGCUGUGUUUUGGUUUCUGUGUCCGUCAGUGGAUCCUGACAGGUGGUGAAAAUGACAAGUCGUUACCCGGUGCCCCUGCUUCUUCUUGUUGUCGCUGUUCUGUGCUCGGUGUGCGAUUGUGCCCUGGCCGAUGAUUGCCAAUCAAAAGAUGGAUCUAGUGGGAACUGUACGACCGCAUCGCAAGAGAACGAGCUGCAGACACCAUCCUUACCAUUGGUCAACAAGCUGACCGAAACCUCAAAACCAAAGAACCCCAAGGACAUGGACACCGUAUUCAGGCCCACCCCCUUACCUCCUGCCGGCGCCAACUCUACCAGUACUGACGAACCCAAAGGUAGAGCACUGAAUUUCACCAUGGAGGAACAGACUGUCGGCAACGUGCUAUCUCAGAACGCGACCCACGACGAAUUCGGCGACCUGAGCGACGUGUCCAUCGACAACGACGACGAAGACGACGAGAUGCUGAGCGGCAAGAUAUUGGCCCCCAAGGGGAUGCCAAACAACAGAACCAUCGGGGUCUGUGAGCAGGGUGGCUUAACCUACGAAAACGGGGAGAAGAUUGAAAAUGAUUGCGACUCGAUUUGUACUUGCGUAAACGGUAGAAUGGACUGCGCCGACAGAUGCUCCGGUCCGUUGUUCAGGAAGGGCAAGAAGAUCGACGAUCCGCUGUGCUCCGCCAAAGAAUCGGAUGAUCCUUGCUGUUCUGUGAUGGUUUGUGCCCAUGAUACAGAAACUGAACCGUUGGAGAUCUGCACGUUCAAGAACAAAACCUACAACAGGGGGGACAUCUUCGACGAUGGAUGUGAAAAAGUUUGCACUUGCGAGGCGGCCGGCGCAACCAGUUGUAAGUCAAGAUGCCCUGAGGUUGUUAAACCAUCAGACAGAUGUGUGGAGGUCCCCGACCCAAACGACCCCUGCUGUAAAAAAGUUUUAUGUGACGUCACCUUGGAUGACCACGAACCCGAUAGGGAAGAAGAAAAACCAAAGCAUAAAUUGAUUUCUGCCAGGUUUAUAAAUGUAACAACAAUUCUAUUAAAAUUCGACUCCAAGUUUGACGACAACGACAGCCUCCCAAUAAUUGACAUAACUGACGACAAGAAGACUUGGAAGUCGUACCAAAUGCUGCCGGGCGGUUAUUUGUUCGUCAAAACCAACGCAAAAUAUUUAAGAGUUGAUAAUUCCGACGACAUAAUCGACGUCCAGAACACUGAACUCGGACCGAAACAAAAGGAGGAUAAACAAAAGGAUGACACGAAAGAUUCCGCAGGGUGUGUCUUCAAGGAGAAACACUUCAAAAUUGGAGAAGAAUACAACGAUAAUUGCGAAGCCUUAUGCGUUUGCGAAGUGGGUGGCAUGAAUUGUUUGAAAAUGGAAUGUCCCACCUACUUUGGAGUGGACGUGUUAGAUCCACAUUGUGUGGAAUGGGAAACUGUGCCUCCAGAUUUUAAACCAGUAGCACCUCACUGUUGUGCAGACGAACUUAGAUGUAAAAAUAAUGGGUCGUGUGAAUACGAAGGACAGUCUUUCAAAAACUGGGAGCAACUGCCAAUUAAUGUUACAGGGUGCGAGAAGAGGUGCUAUUGCGAAAUGGGGAAAGUCGAGUGUCAAAACACUUGUCCACCAAUAACUGCUUUGCCUCCACCAAAUAUGAACUGCCCACCACAAUUUGCAGUUAUUAGCCAUAUUGCUGAUGACGAUUGUUGCAAAUAUUGGGUCUGUAAUGCACCUACAAAUGGUCCAGAACAUUCACAAAACGGAACAAUGAAUGACAGUGCACCCACCACAACCCCAAGUACGACAGACGAGUCAUUUUUCGGAUCUCUCGCCGAGAAAAAACCAUCUAAAGUACUCGGCCCACUUUUGGUUUACUCCAAUGACGAGCAAGAGCACAAACCUUUGUCCCCAGACGAGAAUCCCUAUUUCUCUAAAAAUCAAUUCACCUCUCCCGAAAAGAUCAGUGAUACUGCGGAUAAAACUAAACACAAUGACAUGUCCAGACCUCCAAAACCCGUCUCAAAUUCCGUAUUCGUUACCCCACCCACUCCUUCAAAGAAUAAGCCCGUAAAGCAAAUCCCCAUCCCUCCAUUCAUCCCUCAAGAGCCACCGAAACAACAUUUCGCACUUAACGAUAAGAACACACCGGAAGAAAUCCUUCAAAUCCUACAUCAACAUCCCGAAUUCAAUAACUAUCCUCCGGGGUCGGUGGUGGAAGUCCACAAUUUUUCUCCACAUCCUCAAAAUCCCGUGUUACCUCCAUAUGCCAACCAAAACGGCAUAAUGGGUCACGGCAACCCUCAGCACAUUCCUAUAUUGGUACAAAAUUCAGUUGGACAACACCUUAAUGAGUUACCUCCGGGGGUGACCCUCGAACAAAUCCUCCAAGAGAUUCACAAAAACAUCAAUCCUCACCAACAAAGUCCUAUCUUAAAUUAUCCCGGACCACAAGGACCUUUAUUAAUAGCUCAGCAAAGUGGGCCAGUCAUUCCCAGUAGACCUAACGCUUCUGUUCCAGGCGUAGGCGGUUUUCCAAACUUUGCCAUCAACGGAUUCCCUCCUCAACAAGACGACGUUACUGUAACUGCUUUGGAAGCUUUGGAUGCACACACUGUACGUCUGGCGUUCAUGGUUCCACCGGUAAUUGUUGGGCUUCAUGGAAGAGUUGAAGUUAGAUACACCCAUAAAAAUGAUGCAGACAUAAGUUCUUGGGAGCUGCAAGUGUUCGCCCCUCCAAACGAUUUAAUUGCCACACCUCAACUGGAGUUCGAUUUGUUGGAUCUUAAAGCAGACACGGAGUACAAAAUCAAAAUAACUAUAACACUGAGAGACCUGCAUAACACACCGUCAAGUAGAGUUUACAAGAUACGGACGUUGAAGGAUGUUCAAACGACUACCCUUCCUCCAAUGAUUCCAAUUGAACCAGACCUGGCUAUCACAGAUAUAAAUGCCACAUGGGUUACCGUUGUUUGGAGAAAGUUUACCGAGUACGAAUUACAAUUUAUUGACGGGGUACAGCUGAGGUUCAAGGAAAUUGACGGCAAAAUUUACGCAGCAACUCCACUGAUUCACAGAGCGGUCACGACGUAUACUCUGGAAAAUUUGAAACCGAACACCAAAUACGAAAUUGGAAUAUUCUUUAUACCUUUCCCUGGACAGUUGACGGAGCUACAUGCGGAAAAUAUGUUACACUUCACCACAGCUAAUGAAGUAGACACUUACGGCUUCAACGUCACGUUGAAGAUUUCCCAAAUUAAAUCUCAAAGCGUGGAAAUUACUUGGAACGGAGUUCCGUAUCCAGAAGACAAAUAUGUAAACAUUUACAGAGCAAUAUAUCAGAGCGACUCUGGAAAGGAAGACCACAGCACAUUCAAAAUAGCCAAAAGAGAUUCGCCAACAAAAACUGUUAUUAUGGAUCUGAAACCUGGUACCAGGUACAGGUUGUGGUUGGAGGUUUACCUCACCAAUGGUAAAAUUAAAACCAGUAACGUUCAAGACUUCAUCACAAAACCUAGGGCGGCUCCAGCUCUUGGUUCAUCUACACACCAAGAUAAAUUAUCAAGAAGUGAACACUUGAAUCACAAGGGAGACUAUUAUGGGCCUCUAGUCAUAGUUGCAAUAUUAGCAGCCAUAGCAAUUUUAAGUACACUAAUAUUACUGUUAAUACUCGUACGACGACACAACCAAAACAAAGCUGCCAUCACGCCACCAUCGACGCGAAUCAGUCAAUCUGCUUAUGAUAACCCGACGUACAAAGUUGAAAUACAACAAGAGACAAUGGGUUUAUGAGUACCUAUACCAGGAAUUUCUUAACUUCUGUACAUAUUAUAAAUUAGAUUAUAAGUUAAGUGUCCUAAUUAAGUUGUAUUUAAUAAAACAGUAUUUUUAUGUGUAAUAUAGUUGAACAUACUAGUAAUAGGUACCAGUUCAAGACAAAAUUGUUCUUGAGUGUAAAAUCAAUAGUAUCUAUAAUAAUAAAUAAUGAUGUUAUCUACAGAAAUAAAAAAAUUAAAACGAAAUCUCAAAAAUUAUUGUAACAAUUUAAAAAAGAGAGAAUAUGAAAUGAUAUAUACCAUAUUUUUGAAGGUUCUACUACUCAGUACUUCCACAAUAUGUCUGCCUUCAUACUCCAAUUUAAACUUUAACAGAUUAGUCAUUGUUGUCAAAGGAUAUAAAUAUUAAUAAUACACAAUAAACUGAAGUUUCUUGAAUUUCAGUAACAAUCAAUUCGAUUUUAUUUCAGUUUUGUAAGCUAUCAAAUGAAUUAUGUGCUGGUUAUGUCUUCAGUUGAUAAAAUUGUGAUUUUACAUAUGAACACCAAUUUACAUUUAGUAUUUAUACUGCAAAAAAAUUGUCUACAAGCAAAACGAAGAGAUGAUUUUCAAUAUGAAACAGUGGAUAACUUCUCCAUAAGAUGGAGAUUUAUUAGCCAAGGAGACGAAACUAAAACAUCCACAAGUAUCAGAAAUUUUGUAUAUAAUAUAAAUUAUAUGUAGUAAUUAGUUUUUAUUUACCAAAAUACUAAUUUCAUGUGUAAUAUAGUUGACAAUAAUAGUAAAAUAUAUGUGCACCACUGGGCUACUUGAAGACAAGCUUAGCAGGACAAUAAUUUUAAUUACUACACCAUAAUAAAGAUUUACUCUCUUCGAUUCGCUGUAACAGACAAUGAAAUAACAAUUAACUUUCCCAGAAGAGUCUGAUAAAUGGUUUAAGAUUUUAAUCAGUAUGUUUCAUUAUAAUUUUAUUGUGUCUACUGAUUUUAAACUUAAAAAUAAUGUUGUUCUGAACAGGUACCUCUUACUACUGAUAUUAAUAAAAGAAUAAAGACAUUUAUAUUUAUUAA